CGCGCAGAGCCGGCUGGGUGAGGAUGCUGGCGCUCGUGGCUUCCUGCUGCCUUCUGCAGGCCGCACUGGCCCACAAGUGGUACAGCACAGCGCCCAUCCUGCCUGCAGUAGUGGCUUCCUCCGAGCAUAUAGCAGACCCCCGCUGCUACAACCACUCCAGGAUGUUCCUGCAGGAACUAGACAACUACACGCUGUGGGCCGUGCAGAUGCUUGAUGCCUCGGUCAAGCUUCCAGACGGUAUUGUGGAUGGAAGUGUGAGUCACCUGGGCCACUUCGACGAAUGUCUGGCUGUGUCUGCGGACGACCUGAAGGGUCAGUAUUGUCUGGUGGAGAUAUCCUUCCAGCCUGUCUCCUACACUCCCGCACAGACGGCGGAUCCCUACACUCUGCAGUUCGAUCCAAGAAUACACGUUUGGGAGAAGCUCAAGAAGUCCAAGGACAUCACCAAGGUCACCCGCAGCGCGCUCCACCUGGGCCUGUGUAUGCCCUCCUCUUGCACCCCGCAGCAGCUGCAGGCGACCUUGGCACACGAGCUGCAGCUGCUGGGGCAGAGGGAAGGGCUUAUCUUCAAGAGUCAGGUGUCUCCCCAGCUGUGCGCCACUCACCAGGAGCCCAUGCCCUGGUCGACCGGAGAGAUUGUCUUCAGCUUUUUAUUCAUUCUACCCAUACUUGUGGUAGUAUCCGGCUCCUUCAUUGCCCACGCCGAUCAGGAAGGUGGAAAAAAUGCAGCUGUCAAGCAGGUGUUGCUGUGUUUCUCCGUCCAGCGCAGUCUUAAAGGGCUACUGAAGGUUUAUAAUCAGCACCCAGGACUUGACUGCUUAGAAAUAUACAAGCUGGUUUUCAUAGUGUGUGUCAUGUUUGGCCAUAGGAUGCUAUUGUUCACUGGGGCUGUGCCUAUUUCAGAUGCAAACCAACAAGAACAACUUUUCCGAAGUUUGUCCAAGUCUCUUAUCAUAAAUGGUGCCCUCAUAGUCGACUUCUUCUUCGUGUCAAGUGGAACGCUGCUUACGUAUAACUUAUUAAUUCAUUUAAAGAAGCAUGGGUCAGCCAACCUUAUGGUAGUGAUUGUCAUCCGCUUUCUCAGACUGAUGCCUGCGUACAUGGCGGUGGUGUUCUUCCAAGCAACGCUGUUCCGCCGCCUGGGGUCCGGUCCGCUGUGGCAGGCCGUGGUGGGGCGAGAGAGCGAGCGCUGCCGGGCCAACUGGUGGACCAACUUGCUCUACGUCAACAACUACGUCAACACCGACAGCAUCUGCAUCAUACCGUCUUGGUACUUGGCCGUAGACACUCAGCUCUUCGUCGUGUGCUUGCUGGUGGUGUAUGCCAUUGGUCGGUGGCCGCGCUGGGGGUAUGUCUUGUUGGCAACACUGUCAUCACUGUCAGUCCUGGUGCCAUUCCUCAACACCUGGUGGAGGAGAGAAGAAGCUCUCCUCAUACCAACUGCUGAUGCAAUGGCGAAUGUGGCAAAAUUCAGGAACUUCAACAGCAUGUACGUCAGAACCGAGAACAGAGCUGCGCCCUACCUUAUCGGAGUCAUCACUGGAGUGAUCCUCGCCAGGUUCAGGGACUCGAAGUUCAGGAUGAGGCUGGUACCAACAUUCAUGUGCUUCGCGGCACUGAAGGUAGUUCUGAUAGGGAGCAUCAUGGCCUCCUACCCAUUCUACAGACCUGGGUCUUCACACACGCAUGUCCAGGCGGGACUGUACGCCUCUCUCAGCAGAGUGUUCUUUGCAGUCUCCACUGGUGGCGUGAUCCUGCUUGCAACUUUUGGCACUCUGGGAUUCCUGAUGAACAUAGCCCAGUGGAAGCCAUUCCGAGUGCUCGGCAGACUGGUCUAUGGCGUGUACCUUGUCCAUAUGCUGGGCCAGCUGUACCACGUGGGAUCUCUGAGGACUCCUCUGCAGACAGGAGUGUUUCCCUGCCUGUGGAUGCUGAUGGGUGACGUCAUGUUUUCCUUCUCCCUGUCGUUCCUGCUCACUGUGAUGCUGGAGUCUCCAGUGAGGGCGCUGGAGAAGCUCGUGUUCCAGAGGGUUUCCGCUACUCACUUCAACAAGCAAGAGAUAACACCCCACUCCGCCUGAGAAAAAAAAAAAUUAUUGUCAUGUGAAGAUAUCACUGUGAUGAAUUGUUUUGGAUGUUGUUGAUCAAUCAUUGUACAUUUGGCGACAUAUGUAGCCAUAUUACUGAUAGAAAAUGUUACUUUUUUCUGUUCAUAAAUCUAUUUUCCCUGUCUGUAAGGGAUUCAAUCGCCAAAUGUUAAUUCUGUGAAAAAAAAAUUCUUAAAAGAGUAUGUUAGGAUUUUUUAAUUUUUUAUAUUUUAUAUACAUAUGUGACAUUACGAGAAUUUAACUUAAUGGGUAAAAAAAUAAUUUCAAAGUCAGUCUCAAUCAUACUGGUUUAAUAACUCAACAUCUUUCUGUAGAACUGAUUGAAAUGUUUAUUUAUUAUUUAAUUUUAAAAUGAAACAAGUUUACUUAUCAGGAUGCCAUUGUCAUUACUGUAGAGCCAAAAAACAAAAAAUUAAACCAACAGUACGAAAGGUGUGUGUGUGUACUUAAGUACACGUAUUAGAUAAAAUACAUAAUUUUUUUGAAUUAAAUUUACAAAAAAUAAUAAAAAAAA